GCGGGACGGCCCGAGCACGCUGCCCGCCGGGAGAGGUUCCCGGCUGCCUCUCUGCCCCAGUCACGCGUCACCUCGGGUAUGGUCAGCCGCCCUGGCCAAGCCCUACUGCGUAGUGGCCUUUUAAUCGCUAAGGAGCUUUCCGAGGCGCUUCUUUUUGCACAGCCUGUUGGCUUCUCUGACGCACGUCCCGACUCGGAGGCCCGGAGCGGAGCACUUGGGCGCUGUCAGAGCAUUGGUGGAGCCCUGGCAUGUGGACCGCUGCCCGUCGUCCCCAGAGCAGAGAGGGCUGCAGGGCGCGCGGUGCUUUCCUUGCUCCGUUCUCUUGUCACCCUUUUGGGGGCCGUUUUGAGGAGCUUUGAACUUCCGGGGUUGGCCCUCCUGCGUUGGCAGUUCCUCGGUUGCAUCUGCGGCCGAGGUGGGUGGCCAACGGGUGUCGCUGUGACUGGUGUCUGGGCGCGGCCCUUUAAACUUUGUUUUCUGAACUUUGGGGGUGUGGUCCAGGCGUCUCCUCUCUGGCCGGCUGGUUGUCCUCCACCCACCCGGUCCUUCCCUCCGCCCCGCCUUCCAGAUGCUUUGGAGUCAUGAGCCGGGAGGGCUCCGGGUCCCCUCUGGUGGUGGAGGUGAUCAAAGAUCGCCUUUGUUUUGCCAUUCUCUACAACAGACCAAAGAGUGCAUCAAAUGUACAUUAUUUCAGCAUAGAUAAUGAACUUGAAUAUGAGAACUUCUACGCAGAUUUUGGACCACUCAAUCUGGCAAUGGUUUACAGAUAUUGUUGCAAGAUAAAUAAGAAAUUAAAGUCCAUUACAAUGUUAAGGAAGAAAAUUAUUCAUUUUACUGGCUCUGAUCAGAGAAAACAAGCAAAUGCUGCUUUCCUUAUUGGAUGUUAUAUGGUUAUAUAUUUGGGGAGAACUCCAGAAGAAGCGUAUAGAAUAUUAAUCUUUGGAGAUACAUCCUAUAUUCCUUUCAGAGAUGCUGCCUAUGGAAGUUGCAGUUUCUACAUUACACUUCUUGACUGUUUUCAUGCAGUAAAGAAGGCAAUGCGGUAUGGCUUCCUUAAUUUCAACUCAUUUAACCUUGAUGAAUAUGAACACUAUGAAAAAGCAGAAAAUGGAGAUUUAAAUUGGAUAAUACCAGACCGAUUUAUUGCCUUCUGUGGACCUCAUGCAAGAUCCAGACUUGAAAAUGGUUACCACCAACAUUCUCCUGAGACUUAUAUUCAGUAUUUUAAGAAUCACAAUGUUACUACCAUUAUUCGUCUGAAUAAAAGGAUGUAUGAUGCUAAACGCUUUAUGGAUGCUGGUUUCGAUCACCAUGAUCUUUUCUUUGCGGAUGGCAGUACUCCUACUGAGGCUAUUGUCAAAGAAUUUCUGGAUAUUUGUGAAAAUGCUGAGGGUGCCAUUGCAGUACAUUGUAAAGCUGGCCUUGGUCGCACAGGCACUCUGAUAUCCUGCUACAUCAUGAAGCAUUACAGGAUGACAGCAGCUGAGACCAUUGCAUGGGUCAGAAUCUGUAGACCUGGCUCAGUGAUUGGGCCUCAGCAACAGUUUUUGGUGAUGAAACAAGCAAGCCUGUGGCUGGAAGGUGACUAUUUUCGUCAAAAGUUAAGGGGCCAGGAGAAUGGACAACACAGAGCAGCCUUCUCCCGACUCCUCUCUGCUGUUGAUGACAUUUCAAUAAAUGGGGUUGAGAACCGAGACAAGCAAGAACCCGAACCGUACAGUGAUGACGACGAAAUCAAUGGAGUGACACAAGGUGAUAGACUUCGGGCCCUGAAAAGCAGAAGACAAUCAAAAACAAAUGCUAUUCCCCUCACAGUAAUUCUUCAGUCCAGUGUUCAGAGCUGUAAAACAUCUGAACCUAACAUUUCUGGCAGUACAGGCAUUACUAAAAGAACCACCAGAUCUGCUUCAAGGAAAGGCAGUUUUAAAAGCCUGGUUCCUCAGAGGGAAGGAAAGAAAAGGAGAGCUUUGCAGCAAAUGCCCUUUGUGGCGUUAUGUCCCUCCAUUUCAAGGACUAAAACAGUCUUGCGUUAAAUAAAAGCCUGUGACGAGAGCUGAAGAAGGACCCUAGGAACAGAAAGCUGCAACAGGACUUAGCACAAUUUGACAACAAAACAAAAUUGCAAAAGCCUUAGUUGCUUUCCACCUAAGAAGUUGAUGCAGUGAAGAGACUGUCCACUGGAGCUGAGAUAACUGAGUUUCGGUACAAGUGAAUGACUUGAAGGACGACCCAGCUCUGCUCUCAUAGAACCGUCUCAAGCUUAAGCAACAAAAAUGCUGUUGUAAAUUUAGUCUCAGGUGUAAAUACCCAAGCCCUCUGUGACCCGGAGAGCUGGCUAGCCCACGUGGUGCGUGCGUGUCCCUGUGAUGGCAAUCAUUGUAGCUGCUGGCCUCCAGAAUAGAGGAUCUCUUGGAGGUUUUUAUGUAUUUAUUUUCUGUUCACCCUGUGACCCCGUGUCAAAAUUUAUACAGAUAAAAAAGACAUUACUGAAAUGAUACUUUCUGUAAUUUGAUACUAUUGGGCUUAAUCAUUUUCACUUUACUAUUUGUAAUACUGUUACAAUGUUAACUUUGUUAAGUACCCAAGCUGCUUGUCUUCCACCAAAGAGUGCUUUAUACUAACAAGAAUCUGUGAAAACCACAUUUAAACACUGUUGCAUGUUGUCAUAUAGAGUGGUACUUUGGUAACCUAAAACUUGCAAGAGAAUAUUAAUGGUAGCUUUAGGAGACUCAGGAGGAGAAACUGGCUUCAGAGUUGGAAGACUGUGGCAAGUCAUUCUUCCUUCUGUCAUUCAGAGACUGAAGAAUCGCAAGGCUGCCUAUUGUUUGGUUGCCCAGUCAAACAAAUUAAAAUCGUAUUUCCUUCCGUGUAUGGAAAAAGACAACACUGUUCAUUUUUCCCCUUGGAAACAGCAGUUCCAAAUAAUGGAGGCUUUAAAAAAAUGUUAUUGUUCUUUUAAAGUCUUGCUCUGUAAGUUGGGUUUUUUCCCCCUAUGCUAUUAGCCUAAGGACAUUGAUACAUCUUUUGAUUUCAGCAACAGUUAUUUGCUUCUGGAUUUCAGUUGUUUGUCCUAAGAAACUCACUGUUGCCUUUGGUUAGGCAGUACAACCAGUAUCUCUUUGCGGAGUGCCUUCUCCCUUCCCCUUUCUGAAACACAGCGGAGUCUAUGAUAUAAAGCAGUCACAAGGCAGGAUUUAUUUGCUGCUAAGAAACAAACAAAAAUGAGGCCCCAAAUAAAAGAUUAUUUUGCACUUACCUUGGUUCCUCCCUUAGUAAGAAGUGGAUGAUUUAGUUACUAUUAACCAGGUUUUUUGUCUGUGCUAGUUUGGAGAACGGAGGGAUGCAAUAUUUGGCACUGGAGAGCAAAUGCCCUCCUGAGCCAGGAGGAACGUAUCAGGUCAGUAGGCAGUUCCACCUUAAGGAGCUGCCUUUUUUACAAAACUACUAGGGAUAGAAAGUGGUUGGAAUAAUCAGGUUAAAGUCUUUAGUGCACAAAGUACCUGAGAGACAAUGGCUCUGUUCUGGUGUUUACUGUCUUGGAGUAAGUGUAGAACUGACAUUGAGGGAGACGGAAGAUGCCACUGUCAGCCAAGUGGCUCCUUCCCCACCAGGCACUCUGGGGUGUGUGUGACCAUGCGGGCUUUGAAACACUGGGGACCAGCUGAGGAGAAACAGCUGUUUUCUAUCCCUGUAAAUGAAUAGGCACAAAACCCCACUUGCCUGUGGGAAGACUGCUCUUCAGUAAGAUAUGAGUAGCGGAGUAACACUCCUCUUGCUGUCUGUAUUGAGACAAUACUAAAUACUCAGGCGGUGCCCAUGCAUAUAGCAUCUGAUCUCGGGUCUGUUCUUCCCCGUGUGUUUUUUAAGGCCAUUUCCUCCAGGAAUAAUCUAGGCAGUUGUCAAAGUCAGACUUCCACCUGAACCAUCAUUGGUUUGGCUUUUUAUUGUUGCAUCAGAAUGAGCGAACAUGCUGCCUGCCAUGGCCUUGGUGAGCACUGCUCCCUUGAGGUGAAUAAGCCACUUGGUAUUUUGGCCUAGAGUAAAAAAUAUGGGUGUCGAUGUGAACCAUUGCUUUUUUAUUUUUCAAACUGCCUUUUCAUGUUGGCUGCUUGAGUUUCUAGCUAGAAUUGCUAACACUGUGGCUUGUUCUAAAAAUCCCUGUAUUUAACUGGCUCACUGAACUGAGUCAUAGGAAACUUGGGUUUGGUAAAGAAGCAUUCCUUGGAAUACACAAAUGUCUUGGGAUAAUGCUUCACGUGGAUGGCAUAGCAACUGUAUUAAACGUAUGGGGAACAAAACUAGAAUCCAGGAAGCUCCUGAGUCUUAACUGAUGGAAAGUUCUCCUAGUGGAGAACUCUCCCCAGCCCUCCAUCUGCUACCACCAACUGAAACCACAGAACACCCAGAAUCUUCUGGGAUUCUAACUUAGUGUCCUUGUUAUACCACACACAGGACCUUUGUUGCUAUGGAAUAUGAAACAGCAUGUGUCAGAUGGAGAAGUUCCUUUAGCUUAAGAGCCUUAAAUAACUCUAAAAAUAAACCAAAACAGUUUCCAAUGGAAUAAAAUUAGAAAUCAAUUUUUUUAGGUUCCCUUGAAGUUUUCUGGGGACUCAAAUCUUGAAGAGUCAGGGACAGUCCAAAGGAAGAGUGUCUGCAAAACUAGGUUCCUAGAAGUAUAGACAGACUUGUACUUGGUAGGGCUAAAAAGAAACUCAGAUGCUGUCUUGCCUGCCUGUGCAGAGGGGUGCUUGCGGGUGGUGCCUCCUUAGAGCAAGCAGCCGCCCUGGUGCAGUAGGCUGCUUUGCCAGUCUCCAGAACUUCUCCGUUCUCAGCUUCAUGCUUAGCCUGUCACCCACCACUCCCUCCCCUGCCCUCCUAACCCUCUCACAGGGGUGAUUGCUACCUCUUUUCUUGGGCCCAGACAGGUUUUAGAAGAGUUCUUAAGUGUUCCCGUGAGGCCAGUGUGUGUACUCUUGGGGCAGGAUGCUUUCUGCUGGUAUGUGGCGAGGGCUUCCCUGGGAGGGCCCCACAUUCCCCUGGGACCAUCUCUCACCUGAAUCACCGUCCAGGAUGCCUGAGCAGUACCCUCAGAUGUCCAUUCUUAAUGUAGCUCCACUCCUUCGCUUCCUACGCUUUUAAAAAUAAUCAUUGCAUUUUGGAAAGCAGUGCUCAUCAAAAACAACUUUAAAAACAUUGUAUUAUUAAUUUAAUAGUUAUCUCCCACUGAAACGGUCCUGAGGAGGCCAGCUGCUGCUCUUCCAUAUCCCACAUCUGAGUAUGCUCUAUGUCACUAAGCGGAGACACUAUAUAGAUGUGCUUAAAAGACUGGACAAUUGGCCUAUACUGUGUAGGAAAUUACCUCCUAAUUACCUGGUAGAAUUAAUGUCAGCACAUUGUUCACCUGAUGAUAGUACUGAAGUUUUAUAUUAAUAAUUUGCAGACUUUUAUCUAACCUGCACUCAUGUACAGAUUAUUAAAAGUUUUAAAAUGUAACUGAUUAAUCAGUAUUUGAUCAAUCAUUGUCCUGAUUUUUUUUAUUACAAUGUAUAUUUCUAAUCAUAUUUUUUAAAGCCUAGAGAACUGGUUGAAUGAAUGUUUAUUUUCCUGAAGGUAUUUUUAAGAUAAAGCUUCAUAAUGGCCUGUAAACUUUGCAUAUAUAUGUAGUUUGAUACGUAUAUUGUCACAUUUGGAAAUCUUGUGUAUCGUUAACUUGUUUUUAUACAAAAUAUUGAAUAGUGGAAAUUGUAUAAUUAUAAUCAUGUAAUUAAAACUAUUAACC